CGACUCACGAGCGUCACAAACGUAAACAAUCGAAAAGUCGAUCAGCUGAUUCAGGGAACACCUCCGCAUAUUUAAUAUACUCCCGGGAGGCGAAUAUACUCGUGGAAAUAGUGGUAAUACACAACUACAAGAUGGGAGACAGCGACAGAGGAGAAUUGGCAGUUUUGCAACAAGAGUUGGAUUGGGUUUUAAGUGAGGAAGUUCCACGGGUCUUCACACAAGUUAUGCAACUCCUUAAGGAGUGCUGUACACAUUUUCCAGUACCUUUAUGUGGUAAUGAAGCAGCCAUUAAACAUGAGAAAUUUAUAAUGUCUACAGCAGCGCAUAGCACACAGGAUCAGGUUAAAUGUGUUGUAACUAUCACAGGAGACACAAUUAGUCAGGCGGACAUAAAUAUGAAAGUAGCAAAGCAUCAGAAUCAAGUCCACCGAACAAGCGUUACACCUGAAGCACCUUGGCGAAUUCAGCAGAUCCAGGACGCUGGAAAUUUCUUGCAACUUGCAAUUCAGUUUUUGCAAGGACACGGUGCCAAUAAUUCAUUCAGGACCAGUAGUGAAGUUUUGAAUGUGUUAGGACAGUUGAUCAAACUCCUUCAGAAGGGCCGCAGUAGCCUCCUUAUUCCAAGAAAGAAGACUAUUGAUGAAUUAAUGAGUAGCAGAAAUAUGAAAUCCCUGACGCCUCCUCUUCCUGGUGACUUAGCCGUAAGUUUCUACCUGCAAGCACACAAAUUGGUUUUAGCAGUUUAUCAUCUUUCCAAUGCUGCUGGCACUAUGAAGUUUGAGAGUGUGCAGGCAGAGUGUGCCGUACCAUGGUUAAGCCCAGUUCUUGUGUGUUUAACCACUGCUCUUCAUUUAGCACAUCAGCUAAGAGAUAAGAUUGCUGUGUUCUCCCAAUAUAAAGACUUCACCCCAGAUUCUUGUAGUGUUUCAACAAUAUCUUUUGAACCUUGAUUUGUUGUUGUUAAUAAUAGUUACCAAGUAGAGAAUUAAUCACUGAAAUGUCAUUGGGUGUAUGAGAAGGCCUCAUGUAAUGAAGAGAAGCUUAGUGACAAUAUGCUUGCCUUGGUUUAUUGGUGUCAGAUAUUUAAGCUGAUGAAGUCACCUUACAGUGCAGAUAUGAAUUUUCCUUGGUUGAUCUUUGUUGCUUAUCCACACAAGAAAUACGGUAAGUCACAUUAAUACAUAUUUGUUUGAUUGUCUUUUAUGAUCUUUUAUGUUAAAAUACAUUUCACAGCUCGAGUUGUUUCCAGCUUUAGUAGUACGUAGUUUUAAAGAAGUUUUAAAUUUCAUUCUGUAAGGUCACAGUUUUAAAGAGGCAUGUUGCUGUACAGAGAAAUUAUAUGUUUGCCUCUUUUUACUGUCAAUUCCAUAAAUUGUAUAUAGUUACUGUAGUGUAUACUAAAGUAGAAUAAAGCUUAAUUUUUGGCAACUUUGACAUUUUUAUAUGCCAAACGUAGCAUUAUAGUUGUACAUCUAUUUGCUGAAGAGUGGAUAUAUAUUGGUGCAAUUUAGCCAUUGCAGCUGACUAGAGUAACAGCAUUUCUUUUCUUGGAAAGUGUUAAAAUUCAGUGUAAACAUUCCAAAUUUAUUCAGUGAUUUCUGUGAGGGAUAUUACAUAAAUUAAAUAGGAGUUUAUUCAUAUAAAUUUGUAUUACAUAUCUUAAGAUUCUUUAGUGGUUGGAGAUAUGAAGACGUAAAUAUUUUUGGGUGUAACUAAUGAUGACUGAGAGGAGUUUGCCAGUUUUCAUUAUGAAGACAAGUUGUUUUAAAUAAAAUGAUCAAAGUCCAGAGGAUCAGAUUGGGAUUCACUUAAUUCAUUAGUCCAAACUGCUCUAUGUACGAUUUUUUUCAUGAAUUGUUAAUGACUUGUCCUUCUUGUAAGCUGCAACGUUAAAGUAUAUGUUGUUGAUAUUUUUUGUUGAUCAUUUCCAUCGUUGAAACAGUUUUGUUAUGAAGUUGAUUUAGUAUGAUGAAAUAGGAUUUGGUGAGAGGUAAAAGUGAUCCUCAUUGAAAGCCUCCACAAAAUGGUUAUGUUUAUGCUUAGUAUAUUGUUUGUCUGUCUAUCUAGUCACAUCAUUGGUAUGAAAUUUUAGUUCAUUGCCUGUGUGGUAUUGUUAAUGACUGCUUUUCAUAUUGCAAGGACCUUCUGUUGUGUUUAAUGCUUCUUGUGUCCGUUGCAGAAUGCUCAAAAUUUCUUGAACUCUUGGUGAGGUCUGCUUUGUACUAUUUAUCAUUCUGUCAUUUGACUCCAGGUCCUAAGUUGGAAAGCUCUGCCCAUGAUGAGGCAUGUGUUGUGCUUGGUACCUAUUGAAUUGUGACUUACAUUGACAGUGAAGAAGAUAUCAUUACUAUUAUACUGUACUGGUUUUGUGCUCUUGGGGAAAUGUCAGUCAUAGACUUCUACUUCUUUAUAAUCAUGGAUCCAGUGGCCAGUUAUUUAAUAUUUAGUAAAGAAUAUAAAUUCCUUUACAGGCUUGAGUGUAUACAUGGUGUGCCAAAAGUGAGUCUCUUGCAGAUAUUUUAUUUUAGGGAGUCAAUGUACUUGACUGCUUGCUAUACAGUAAUAAUUCUAAGCUUUUACUUCUAGAAUGUAUUAUAAUACCUGAUAUCUUUUUAAGUGUGAAAUAGUGUACAUUCUGCUACACAUUGUUAAAAGUUGUUUAGUUAUUAGAAAUCUUAUAGGAUUCUGUUCUACUCUGGUUUUCCAUUUGUCCUUGAUAGUGUGUCAUUUGUUGCUUUUAACAAAAAUAACUCAUUUCCUUUUGAUCACUGUGUUUACUAUGGAGUCAUUUCUUGUCUAUCACAUAAUUAUGCUUUUUAUUGUUAACUUUCUACUCCUAAGAGCCAUCAAGUAAAGAAUAAAGUGUCAUCUAGAACUUGAA